UCUACCGCGUUGCUAUCCCGCGUGAGGUUUGUGCUAGCGAGACACCGUAGCUUGGGAUUCCUGCCGAACUUAAUGUAGAGGUGGGCCUUCAGAUAAAAACAAACUUCAAAACUGAUUACAAUUGUUGGUUGGCAUGGGUAACACAAGUGACAGGGUGUCCGCUGACCGCCAAGGCGCCAAGGCUCAUCGUUCUGACAGUGGCAGCAGCCACAAAGACCAGGAACACAGCAACAAGCUGGUGGACAGCACAGAUGAUCCCAACAUCUUCAAUACUCAUGGAUCAGAGUCAAAGGUGUCUGGGGAGAAGGAGUUCACCGCCCCAGAUCUAGAGGACCUGGUGAAGACGGGGCCUCAGGCCAGGCCUACGGUCAUCCGCUGGGCUGGGGGAGGCAAGGAUGUCUUCAUCGCCGGCUCCUUCAACAACUGGGGAACCAAAAUCCCCCUCAACAAAAGCCACAAUGACUUUGUAGCCAUCUUGGACUUGCCAGAAGGAGAGCACCAGUACAAGUUCUUUGUGGAUGGACAGUGGGUUCAUGACCCUUCAGAGACUGUGGUCACCAGCCAGCUGGGCACCGUCAACAACCUGAUCCAGGUGAGGAAGUCCGACUUCGAGGUGUUCGACGCCCUCCAGGUGGACUCCCUGGACAGCUCCGACACUACGGAUCUAUCCAGCUCCCCGCCAGGACCUUACGGACAGGAGCACUACGUCUUCAAACCCGAGGAGCGCUUCAAGGCCCCGCCCAUCCUACCCCCUCACCUCCUCCAAGUCAUACUCAACAAGGACACCAACAUAUCUUGUGACCCCGCACUGCUACCAGAACCAAACCACGUCAUGCUGAAUCACCUUUACGCCCUGUCAAUAAAGGAUGGGGUUAUGGUGCUAAGUGCCACUCACAGAUACAAGAAGAAGUAUGUGACCUCACUGCUGUACAAGCCCAUCUAAAACCUCAACCGCUUUGGCUUUUAGAUAGCAGAGAGCUGCAUGUGUGGAAUACACUGAAUUAUUUAAUCAUCGCAUUUAGCCAAGUAUUGCACUGAAGCAACAGUUUACGGGUAAGCUUAAAGCCAGUCAGUGAGCAGACAGUGUCAGAAGUGGCACAUUUUUCUCCUCUGAGGGCUCUGAGCAGAAAAUAGCAUUGGCCAAAACAUGGAUCCAUAGAGUGUGGUCAGUGGAGCAAUUGGAAAUGCAGAGCCCGCUCUUCACUCAUGGGUGGAUAGAAGGUACAAUGAGGAUUGAUUCACAGUCUACAGUUAACUGGUAUUAAGGGACAUGGCGAACCACCGUGUGUAUUUGUGUGUUUUGGUCACCUUGGAGGGGGGGGGGGGGGGGGGGGGGGGUGCAUGCUCUUGUGGACAAAGACUGUUGAGAUGAAAGAGUGUGAUUAAGAGAAUGUUCUAUGCAUCUCCCUAUGAGAUGCAUAGAAACAGACAGCUUUAUUGAUUGUGUUUUUGUGAUUAAGUUUAUAUAAUAGAGGAGUGUCCUUCAUAUUCAGACCCGACACACUGCAGCCGAUACUUGAAGGAAGUGAUGUUUGUCAACAGGAAGCACGGCGAUAAUGGGUUCAUAGGCAACAGAAUGUGGUUUGAAUGGUGUAAUCAGAUCCUAAAGCUCACAUUGAAACAGCAAGUGUAACCAUGGCUAAAGUCUGUUCAUUUGCAUUAGCAGAGUACCAUAGAAAGGGAGGGUUAAUAGUUAGGCCAGCAAACUUACGACAGAGGCUGGAGGCUGCCUGAUCAAGUGCAAUAGAACUGGACGUGGGGAGUCAGAGUAUUCCCUUUUCCUUUUUAGUUUUCUAAUCAGACUGGUGUUAGUGGAAUCUAGGUCCCAGGCACCACACUGGUUUAGUUCAGCUGUUGCCUUCGUCGUUUCCUAAUGCUGCCAGCACUUUAAUCAUCCCCUGCGCAGGAUCACUGACUCAACCGUUCAACUCUGCAGCAUUACAAGUCUCUGUACUGUAGUGGUUGGAAGGACUGCAGUCCAGUCUUCUGUUUUUGUUUUUCAGAAAUAGAGAUGUUAAGAUUGCAGUGCUUUUUGUGCUUUAUCUGUGUUUAAAAAGAUUGUUCAUAAGGAUGUACUGUAUUUGACUACUGUAGUGUUGGCAUGUAUAUUUAUAUCAAGUGGCUUGAGCACGCAAACGGUUCCUGUUGCUAUAGCUAUUUUGCAUGUGUUGAUUGAUAUCAAUGUUAUUUUCUCACAACCAACAUUGAUGUUUUCUUUCUGAGUAGUCGUGUAAAACUAAAGGCAAUCAUGCCAAGUUUUGCUACGGCUGUCACUGUUGAGAUGGUUAUAUUUUUCAUUAAUUGGCACUGUUAAGGAUGGAAAAGACAAUGCAUGUUUGUGAUUGAUCUGAAAUGUCUCCCUUUUUUAUUUUAUCUGCACAAUGUUUCAAUUUUGUCGAUUGUAGUGCCAUAAUCAUCGGUUUGGAGGAAUUUCUGGUAGGGUCCUAAUUAUGAAGUUGGUGAAAAUAACACACAACACAUAUGUUUUCGAAAUGACUAGGACAUCACUUUAAGAUUGCCUUCAAGUGUUGAUUAGUUGGUUGCUCAGAAUGAAAUAAUUUAAAGUGUGAGGAGGGGAUAUUGUGAAGCUUGAACCAAAACUAGAAUUUUCAAACCGUUGUCUUUAUAGAAAAUGCAAAUAACUUGUUUUCAAUUUUAGGGCACUGGUUUUUACUUGUUUUCGAAUAAAUGAAACUAACUUAUUAA